CAACCAUGCUGUCGGCGAUCUCAGUGGGGCUUCUCAUGCUGUGCGUCACCGCGACCGGUCUUUCGGCGGGUCGACACAUCACGACUGAAACGCUCAACGGUCACGUGAGGGGUGUCAUCGAGAACGUCGGAGGCGUAGACGUGGCGCUCUACCUGGGCAUCCCGUACGCAGAACCACCCGUCGGUGAGCUACGUUUCCGCAGGCCAGUGCCGGCCAAAUCAUGGCAUCCAACGACCCUAGACGCACUGAGCUUCGCCAGUCCUUGCGCCCAAGCCAACGGCUCUUUCCCGCCGUCUCCGUGGCUGGUAAGGAGGGACCAGGUCAGCGAAGACUGUCUUUACCUGAACGUUUGGAGCCCCCUAGGUAGACCCAAAACACUCGGCGUCCUUUUCUGGAUCCACGGAGGGGGCUACAGGACCGGAACCGCCUCCCAGACCCUCUACGAUGGCAAGGCCUUGGCCGCCGUGGGCGACAUCGUCGUGGUGUCAAUCAACUACAGGGUCGGCUCUCUCGGCUUCCUCCACACCGGUCCGGGCUCGUCAAGCGGUAACUAUGCCCUCUGGGACCAGCACCUCGGCCUUCUCUGGGUACGGGACAACAUCGCUCGGUUCGGGGGCGACCCUGGCCGAGUGACCGUCUACGGUGAAAGCGCGGGAUCCAUCGGCAUCGGAGCGCAGCUCGUAGCACCUCGCAACGCCGGUCUCAUUCACCGCGCCAUCAUGGCCAGCGGAAGCAACUACUGGCUCGUACCGCCUCAAAAUGCCGUGGGUCACGGGUACGCGGACCGCAUCGCCAAACACGUUGGCUGCCUGGACGAGUCGAAGCCUUCGUCGAAGAAAAAUCCCGAGCAGGUGGUCGAGUGCCUCCGCUCGGCGCCCGUCGACAAGAUUAUCGACGCGGAAGAAACGCAGUUUCCCGCAGAGAUAGUCACCUUCACUCCUUCGCACGGUGACGAUUACCUUCCGCUACCGGAGGUGGAUGCCAUAUCCAGGGGCCUGUUCAUCCCUCUGGAGAGUAUCCUCACAGGAGCGACGACCGAAGAAGGCGGCGUGUUCCUAUACUUCCGAGUCCCGUCCUUCAUAAACUUCACGUCGGCACCUGAGCUGACGAAGCAAGAGGUUGUAGACAUACUUUCACAGCGCUACUUUGCCUUCCUGCCCGAAGAGACGCGGUCGAUGAUCAUAGACGGAUACUUGCGCCGCGUGUCCGGCGUAUCGGACUACAGCGGGAACCUAAAAGCGCUGAUGGACAUUCUGGGCGACUACCUGAUCUUCUGCCCGACCAAGUUCUACGCUGAGGCGUUUGCCAAGACGAACCGUCCCGUGUACUUCUACAUGUACGACUACCGGUACGAACGCGGCUUCUGGCCGUCCUGGAUGGGCUCCACGCACUACGCGGACCUCCAGUUCACGUUCGGAAUGCCAUUCCGAUUUCCCGAGCGCUACUCGGAUGCGGAUCGCGAGCACAGCAGAACUUGUAUGCAAGUCAUCGGCUCGUACGUCAACACAGGGAAUCCGACGGUGCCUGGAGUCGGCGAGUGGCCCGCGUUCACCAAGGAGCAGCCGCUGCACGUCUUCAUGCGCGCCGUCAAUGCGAGCAUCGGGUCAAACUUCCACGGAGAAGGAUGCGACGUGUACCGCAAGGUCUACAAAGCGCUCGGCCUCCCAGUGCCCUGAGACACGCCCCAGUAACCUGCACGUCUUACAGCGGUCGCAAUUAUUCAGGAAAAAAAAAUGUUUCGCGUGGUCAUGGCAUGCGUCUGGAGUCUCUCUCGUAUGACAGAAAGAAUAUAAGAAACCUUCGCAGAUGUAUGAUAAUCCAAACAACCCAUACAUAGGAGGCAGCGAAGUUGCAGGUAUAAGACCGUUCUUACACCCUUAGGAAAUGCUAUAGGUGUUUGUUUUGCCAGCGCCGGGAAAGCCAAGACUUUGCAAAUGUUUUUCUUAUAACCAGUGCAAUUCCUUCGCUAUAAAAUGGAGCAUUUUAAAAUGUUUAGCUAUAUUCUAGCUUAGUGCCACUGCAGUCUGCGGUAUAUCCGACGCGUUUUUCUGUGUACCGCACCGGUUCUACCGACGCCGGCGUCUGGCUGUGUGUUCCGGCGGUCUGACAGGGCUGCGAUUGUUAUGCUUAGGUGCACCAUCACCGACACCGGAGUCCGGCUGCGCGUUCUCACCAACGCCUUGGUCAUACAGCCGCUUCAGAGUUACGACGGAGGCUGUCAUGCUGGCUGUUUGAUUUACAGACUCCGGUCCUGGAGAAAAAUAAAUGUUUGCC